AUGGCAGAAGAUACACACCCAGCCUAUCUCUCACCCAGUGAGCUGGGCACAAAGGACUACUGGGAAACCUACUACGCCCGCACACUCGCACACAUCUCCCACGCCGACGCCGCGCCAGACUCAAAACCAGAAUCCUCCGACGCAGACUCGGACGCAUCCUCCGAUGUCAACGACGAAGAUGACCCCGGCACAUCAUGGUUCUCCGAGCAUAACGCACCCGAGAAAGUCCUCCGCUUCCUAACGAGACGAUCAUUCCCGCUCGCACCGCGGAAUACGAAUACCCAUGCAGAGGGCCAGACGCAACCGUCUAUCUUGGAUCUUGGUACGGGAAACGGGAGUAUGCUCGCGCUGUUGCGGAAGAAAGGCCGUUUCGCGGGGAAGAUGGUUGGGGUUGAUUAUUCGGCGCGGAGUGUGGAGUUGGCGCGGGAGUUGCAGCGGGCUCGGGGGCAUUCUGCGUAUAGGACUGAUGACGAGGAUGAAGAAGAUGAAGAAGAUGACGAGGAUGAGGUGGAAGAAGAGAAUCGGACGGAUACAGGCGAAGAAUCCCCCGAACCAGCACCUAUCCAAUUCGAAGAAUGGGAUAUCCUCGGCUCCAAGGCUCUCCUCUCCGAGUCCGGCGUGACUGUGACUCCCGCUUCUAGCGAUGAAACGCUCCCCUGGUUCCCCUACGACGCAGGUGGUUUCGAUAUCGUCCUGGACAAGGGGACAUUCGACGCGAUCUCGCUGGCGGACGAUGCCAAGGCGACGCGCGUGUGUGAGCGGUAUCCUGAUAUUGCGCGACGGUUGGUCCGGAAGGGUGGGUUUUUGAUUGUGACGAGUUGCAAUUGGACGGAGGAGGAGCUUAUGAAGUGGUUUGUUGGUGGGAUGGAGGGGGAUCGGUUGGUUCUUUGGGGGCGUGUUGAGUAUCCGCGAUUUAGGUUUGGGGGGCAGGAAGGGCAGGGUGUUUGUACGGUGUGUUUUCAGCGGGUUGAGUGA